GAUGAGCUUGACGAGCUUUCAAAAUCGGCGUAACUGGAGAUGAAGGAUGUCAAGCCUUAUCCAGUUGAUCCAUCUUAUUCUGACCCACCAGUUGUUGAAACAGACUAUUCAACAUGGGGAAUAGUCAAAGCUGUUCAGUAUGGAAUUACAAAACGAGUCAUUGAGUUGGUGGAACCAUCAGAUCCACAACUAGCGGGUUAUGAUGUCAACCAACUGGAUGAUGAGGAUGUCUCGCUGCUACACUGGGCCGCCAUAAACAACCGUUUAGCGAUUGCUCGUUAUCUUCUAUCGAAAGGUGCAAUAAUAGAUAGACCAGGUGGUCAUCUUGCUGCAACCCCACUUCACUGGGCUAUUAAGCAAUCACACUUAAGUAUGGUACACUUCCUUAUGCAAAGGGGCGCUGAUCCAACGUUUAUGGAUAAUACUGGUCUAGGAUGUUUUCAUGUUGCAAUACAAAUGGGAAAUGUCCCAAUUAUCGUUUAUUUGCUUUCUCAUGGGGUCAAUGUUGAUACUCGAGAUGGUAAUGGGCUCACUCCAUUAAUGAUAGCUUGUAUGCAUGUACGAUCAGUUGAUAUUUUUCGUUUGUUAAUCUCAUAUGGUGCAAAUUUGCGAUUAACUGAUUCACAUGGCAACACUGCAGCACAUUAUUCUGUUCAGUUCGCUAAUUUCCAAGCUGUCGUACAAUUAGAUAAGGGUGAUAUUGACUGGAAUGCAUUGAAUGAUGAAAACAAAACACCGUAUGAGGUUCGUGUAGUUCCAUGGUUAACAGAUCGUGUCAAACAAAUGGCAAAUGUACAGAGUAUAAUGAAUUCGUCGCACCGUUUCUCGCGUUUAGGCUUAUCAAUGCUACAUUAUUCACCUGUAUGGCGUCAACGAAUAACAAUUAUGCUUCCACCAUUAAUUCUUAUUACUUGCGGUCUACUUAUAAAUUGGGAUAUACCAUCUACAUUAUAUCAUUUAAAUUUUGCCGAUCAAUCGUCAAAGAUUUCAUCAUGGAUAAUAUAUUCCACUAAAUUUCUUUUAUUACUGUUAUUAUCAUUUACAGCACGUUUUAUUAUUGAUCGAUUCUCAGAUCAUAAGUCACAGGCUGUAAUGUUGUUCAGUUUAGCAACAAGUACAAAAUUGUUAUUAACUACAACAUAUUUAUUUCACAUCACAUUACGUACACCGAAUCAUUGGGUGUUGCAUUUCUGGUUUCUAUUCUUUAUUACUAUGCUAUGGACAACAUUUAUUCUAUGCUGUACAAAAAAUCCUGGCUACGUAGAUGAAAUUAUUAAAAAAGAAUGUCAACAAGAUACUAUUGCUCAAUUACUUGAUGAAGUGUUGAAUAAUACAAAUGAUUUAACAUUAGCAAAUAACAAUCAAGAAGAAUCUUCGUCAUCAACAUUAUCAAUCAAUCCAUUACAACGUUUCUGUACAACUUGUUUUAUACGUAAACCGUUAAGAUCAAAGCAUUGUUCAACAUGUGAUCGAUGUGUAGCACGAUUCGACCAUCAUUGUCCAUGGAUAUAUAAUUGUGUUGGAAUGAAGAAUCAUUUUUAUUUUAUUAUAUAUUUAUUAUCGACCAGUGUUUCAUGCAACCUAUUUAUGUUGGGUACUAUUGUUUAUUGGCAAAAUGAAUUCAGUUGUCUACCGAAUACACCACUAACAUCUGGGAAAACUGAUCUAUUUACAAUCAUUUGGUCAUAUCUAUUAUGCAAUCCAUGGAUUACAUUCUGUUUUAUAAAUGCUGCUUUUUAUUCAUUUUGGACAACAUUAUUAUUUGGUUCACAAUUUUAUCAAAUGGUAUGGUUAAAUGCAACAACAAAUGAACGUAUCAAUAUGGAUAGAUAUGUUGAAUUUAAUACCAAUAAUAACAAUCAUAUUAAUAAUAAUAAUGAUAAUGAUAAUAAUAAUAAUAUGUCUUUAUCUAAUGAAAAGUUUCAUAAUUCUACAAAUUACAAUCGUCCAUAUGAUCAUGGUAUAUGGCGUAAUCUACUUGAUUUAAUUGGUUUACCUGGUUUUAUUAUCAAUUCAAAUAAAUCUGUUGAUUGGCGGCAAAUCUAUCAAAUUGAACAAUUAAAUAAUCAAUAUCCAAUAUAUACUACUGCUACUACUACUAAUAAUAAUAAUGAUGUAGAUAAGAAAUUAUUAGAUUGGUCAAUAUAGUUUUUAUUAAAAUUUACUAUAACUAUUGUAUAUAGUAUACAAAAAAGGGGUUUUAUUUUUUCUGCUUCUUUUUUAUCAUUUACUGCUCAAUUACAAUUUGUUUACAUUUGAACAUAGUGCGGUGAAUUAGUAAUUAUUGUCAACAUCAUUAAUCAAUAUUGAAUGUUACCGUGAAUUACUUAAUGACUUAUGCCUGUUACUUUCAAUGGAGUAUAGGUCACUACCGAUUAGCAUUCUCUAAUCCAUUUUGUUCUAGGAUUUCUUUUCUAAUUCUAUUCAAUUAUUGUUCAUUCUUCUCAUAGUUGUUGGCGUAAUGUGUUCUCUGGUCUUCCUCAUCUCUUUUAUUUAGCCUUGAGGAAUCCAAGUGAUGAAGGAUUACCUUGUGAUGUAGUUCGGUGCUAAUGCUAAUGAUACCGUUGAAUUUUUUUUGAAAAAAAACACAAUUUUUUUCUCUUUUAGAAUAUAUAUGGUACAUGUAAUUUGCUUUUAGUUUACAGUUUAUUGGUUUUAACUUUGUUUUUUGUUAUUGUUGUUGUUACUGCUGCUGCUGCGUGAAUUCUCAUGAAUUGGUUGUAUUUAUUCAUUAAAUAGAUGAGUAUCAGAAUUAUUCAUUGCUGUAAAAGUGAUAGUUUUUUUUCCAGCAUAAUUAUACAUUGAAUCAUUUUAUUGCAUUCAAUAUAAUCUUAGUUUAUUGUUGUUGGACUUAUGAUGGUAAUACGGUGGUGUGUGUGCUAAUUAUAUCGACAUGAGUAGGAUAUAACGAUAGUCAGGACUUAGAAGAUCGAGAAAGACAGAACGUGAACAGAAAGCAAUUGGUAUAAAAAUGCAGGAAUAAUGAAAUCUGAUAAGACAGACUGAUAUUUACAAAAGGGAACAUUCAAGUUUGAGACAAUUGAUUGAUAUAUUGCAUAUGAAGUAUUUAUUGUAUGAUUCUUAGAUUUGACUAAGGAUGUUCUAGUAAUUUUGUGUUCAAAUACAUUCGAUUGUCCUUCACUUGUGUUCACUUUCACUACACUACGAUUGAAUUAUAUCUUCUCUUCACAUUUUUUUUCACUAUUCUUUAACUGCUAUAUUGAGCAUUUUGUGUGUGUAUAUAUCUACCUACUUACCUGUGUGUUCUCCCAAAUUUUGAUCUCCUUAUUCCUCCUUGUCUCUUUUUUUCUCCUCUCAAAUUUAUUUCACUGUAUUAUACUCUUUAAGUAACAUCUUCAAACACUAAUCUUCCCGAUUACUGCUUAUACUCUUAUUACCUCUACCACUACGGGAUUUGAAUCGACCACUGCAUCUCUAUGCUAAUGUGGUGUGGCAACUCAAACUGAUGUACGUACGUACAAAGUUCUACGUUGUUACUGAUUGACUGACUGACUUACCUAUCUAUCUAUCUACCUAUUCAUCGUCUAAUUGUACUUCCAGUUUUGUUGAUCUUAUACUUGAUCAAUUAAUCAAGUUAUAUUUUUAUUUAUUUAGAUAGAUUCUCUUUUUUUCCCCUGUUUAUUCAAAGCAUUUUUGUUUGUUUAUUUUGUUUCCCGAUAGUUAUGUAUCAUUUCAUAUGUGUCUCAAACCGAUUGUAAUACUUUAUUCUGUUUCAUUAGUUUUGUUUUGACCCUCUGGUUACCAGGUAUACAUAUAUAUCAUUUCUGUAUGAAGAACUAACUACAAUAAUAAAUUAUAUUUUCGGUUGAUUGUAGUUUUUUUAUUAUUGAGAUAAAAAUAAAUAAGCCGUUUCAUGUUGUGAUUCAUUUCUUAAAUGUAAGUAUGCAUAGAGAGAGAGAAUCUCUUGUAUGUAAUAUACUUUAUGUUUGAA